AUGAUUACACUCCCUGUUGCUGCGGCGUGCGUUGGGAUAUUUUUGGUUUUCCAGAUUAUUCUGAUCGAACGAAGGCUCGCCGCCAUCCCAGGGCCCUUCAUUGCCAAAUUUACCGACUACUGGAAAGUAUACCAUUUGCUGAAAGGCGACUAUGGCGAGACUCUCUACUGGUGGCAUCAGCGUUACGGCCCCAUGAUCCGUACGGGGCCUCGUCAUAUUAGUGUUGGGGACCCCUAUGAAGUCCCUAGGGUUUACCAAAUCAAGCCUUUGUUGCAUAAGGGAAAUAUGUACAAGGGAAUUAUUGGCUGGCUCAAAGGAAAAAAUGUUGCCGGGCUUGAGAGCAUGAUGGAUGAAGUGGAACAUUCGAAUGUUAAAAGAGUGAUUGCGCCGGCCUUUUCUUGGAGAUCUGUUUUAAACUACGAAUCUCACAUUGACCACAGUGCGGGAGAAUUGGUACAAAUCCUAGAAAAUCGGGAGGUGGUUGAUAUCAAUGAAUGGCUUUCAUAUUGGGCGAUUGAUAGUAUGAACAAUAUUGCUUUUUCGACUGAUCUUGGUUUUAUGAAACACGCCACAGAUAUCGGCGGGACUCUGAAGACGGUUCGUGCUGUGACAUCUAUUUGGAUGUAUGUAUUUGCAUUUCCCACGGUGGUCAUGUGGUGUGCGUGGGCAGCGAGCUUCUUCAUCGGACCUAGCGGGAGAUUGGUCAGUAUGUGCCAAGAGCGCGUCAAUUCUAGAAUGGAAAGGAAGGAGGAGGAAAAGCCCACAAAAGACGAUGAGGAUCUUCUGGAUGUUUACAUGAAAGCACGCAAGGAGCAUCCAAACCUCAUUUCUCACGAAAGAGUUAUCGGCAUGACUUUCACGACGCUGCUUGCUGGAUCAGACACUACAGCGUUCAAUUUCUCGUGGACAUUGUACUACUUACUCAAACAUCCGGCCACCCUACACCGUCUCCAAGAAGAACUCGACAAUGCUAUCCUAGCAGGCAACUUAUCUUACCCACCGAGCCUCCAGGACUUGUCAAAGCUUCCAUACCUCGAGGCUGUCAUCAAGGAGGGCCUACGAUAUGCACUGCUACUCCAGCUGAACAUGGAUCGAAUUGUCCCAAAAGGAGGAAUGGAGAUAUGUGGUCACCAUAUUCCAGCAGGAAUCAACAUCGGAUGUCAUGCAAGAGUAAUUCACCUCGACAAGAGUGUGUAUGGCGAGGAUUCGGAGCAUUUCAGGCCUGAGCGGUGGCUAGAAGCAAGUGAAGAGCAACGAAAGCUGAUGGAGCGAUGUGCGAUUUGGUUUGGAAGUGGGAAGCACACUUGCCUUGGUCAGCAUUUUGCGCGGGCAAAGACAAUGAAGGUCCUUUCUAUGAUGCUUAUGAAGUUGGAGAUCUCUGAUGCUGAUCAAAACGCGGAAAUGGUUUCCGGGGCUAUCAAUUCGACACGUGCCCCAACGCACGCAUAUUACAUGAAGGUCAAGAAAAGGAACGCGUGUCCGGUAUAG